GACUCCCAUUUAAAGAGGCGAUAAAUUAGCAAGAAAUGAGAAGCUAGGUACGUUUUAAGGUUCAUACUCAAAUUGAAUGUAAAUAAAAAUAAACAUAUAAUUAUGUCGCACUCCUCAACCUCUGAUGAUAUGGAAUUAGCAAAUGAUUUAUCACUUGAAGAUGAUUACUAUGCCCUUUUGAAUUUAAGUAAAAAUGCAUCAACAGAAGAGAUAACUAAUGCUUACAGACGUUUUAGCAGAUUAUAUCAUCCAGACAAACAUCUUGAUCCUGUAAAGAAGAAAAAUGCAGAAAUUUUAUUUAAUAAAAUUAAGGUAGCAUUUGAAGUAUUAAAUGAUCCUCACCAAAGGGCUAUCUAUGACACACUGGGUGUUAAAGGUUUGGAAACCGAAGGAUGGCAGAUUGUUGAACGAACAAAAACCCCACAAGAAAUUCGAGAAGAGUUUCAACAACUUCUUAGAGAAAAAGAAGAAAGAAUAUUACAGCAGAGAACUAAUCCAAAAGGCACUGUAAUUGUUCAAGUGAAUGCUACUGAUUUAUUUGAAACCUAUGACAAUGAUUAUUUUUACAAUUUGCCUGCUAUUGAAAUCAGUUCCAUGUCCAUAUCUCAGUCAGUACAAGCCCCCUUAAGUGUGUCAGAAACCCUGAAUUUAAGUGGUAGUCUUCAAACACAAAAUGGAAAUGGCGCUGGCAAUGUUUCUUGUUCCAUAAAAAGAGUCUUUUCUGCAAAAAGAUGGGGAGAGUUCUCAUUAGGUGCUGGUAAUGGUCUUUUGGUGUAUUUAAAAGGAUUUUCAACCAUGGGUAAACAUAGCUUUUGUACUGCCCAAACUUCUGUUAACUUUGUAAAUACUGGUUUUACACCUGGUUUUGAAUUAAUGUUUGGACGUCAGAUGGGGAAAAGGACAUCAGGAUACGUAACUUGGAAAGCAGGAAGGUCAUCUUCUAUGACUACAACCAUAUCACAUGAUACAGAAAAAAAUCAUUUUGCCGCUGGGCUACAGUUCAGUCCUAGAACAAGUCAUAUUAGCUUAAGCUAUACAAAAAAGCUAGAAGAUGAAGGAAGAUUAAAAUGUGCAGUCAAGCUGGGAGUAUUUGGUGUUAUACUGGAGUAUGGGUGUGAAAAGAAGUUGACCAAAUUAAGUAAUGUUGGUGCUGCUAUGGUAGUUGGUGUGCCUUCUGGUGUUACUUUGAAAUUAAAGGUGACAAGGGCAAACCAGUCGUAUAUUUUUCCAAUUCUGUUAUCAGAAGAGGUACUUCCGAGUGCCAUAUUUUAUGGUACAGCAGUUCCUAUAGUUGGAUGGUACAUGUUAAAAGUCUGUUUCAUAGAUCCAUAUAACAAAAGACAAAAACAAAAGGAGUCGGAGAAAAAUAAAGAAGCUAAUGCACAAAAGAUGGCAGAAAAACGAAAAGAAGCUGCUAUUGCUGUCUCGUUAAUGCAAGAAACAUAUAAAAGAAUUGUGGAAGAAGAAAAACGGAAAAACGGUUUAAUCAUAACGAUGGCUAUUUAUGGCAAUACAGACAGCAUAUCUAACCUGAAUAUGGAGCAAAUUGAUUCAAAUUUGGAAGUUGCUAAUACAACAGUACAACUCCAAUGCUUAGUUAAAGAUUCAAGGCUUAUUCUUCCUGAUAGACCCAAGAGCAAUAUGCCUGGAUUUUAUGACCCAUGCCUUGGAGAAGAGAAAUCAUUGUUGGUGAAUUAUUUGUAUAGAAAUAUUGCACAUUCCAUUACAAUCAAAGACAGUGAGAUGUUAAGGAUACCUAGGAUAGUAGAUUUCUAAGAAUAGUAAAAUCUAGGAGCUUGAAGUCAAUCGCCUUAGUACUAUCAAAAUGAAGCCAUCGAAGAUAUUUUAGAGCUGAAAAUCAAUUUUGUAGACUUGCUGCAUCUUUUAAAGUAGUUUUUUGAAAUGUGUUCAUUUGUUGUACACUUAAAAAUAAUAAUAAAUUAUUUAUUUUUCGUUGUUC